AAAGCUAAAAAGCAAAUUACUCCUAAAAUCGUAAAAAAUCGAUGUCUACAGAGGCAGGAAGGAGAAGAAGAAGGGUCAAGCGGGAAAGAAAAUGAAAGGAAAAGAAGAAGAAAAGAGGGGGGGAAAGGCAAGGCGGGCAGGGAGGAUGGUGGUGGUGGUGGGAGGCGAGCGGGUGGAGGUGGGGUGGGCGGGCGUCGUGGGCGGUGGCAGCGCAAACAAGCAAAGCCUUCCAAUUAACUCCUCCCCACCUUCCUCCCUCCCUCCUCCCCACGAUUCCCAAAUCCCCAGCUCCAAUUCCGACCCCGAUUCUACCCUCGCGGGCCUGGAGCCGUGAACCGGCGCAUCCGGCGGCAUGCGGCGCGGCGGCGGGGCGGCGGCGGCGGACUGGGACGUGGAGUCGCGGUUCCGCGGGGUGCGUAAGCGGCCCUGGGGCCGGUACGCCGCGGAGAUCCGCGACCCGGCAAAGAAGGCGCGCGUCUGGCUCGGCACCUUCGACUCCGCCGAGGACGCCGCCCGCGCCUACGACGCCGCCGCGCGGAUGCUGCGCGGGCCCAGGGCCAAGACCAACUUCCCGCUCCCCGCCUCCGCCGCCGCCGCCACUUACACGCCGUACACCACCCCGGGUGUCUCGACGCCGCCCGUCGCCAUGCCGGCCUGCAGCAGCCUCAGCUCCACCGUAGAGUCCUUCGGCGGCGCGCGCCCGCGGCCCGUGCUCCCGCCGCGGUCCCCGCCGCCGCCGAUCCCCGACGGCGACUGCCGCAGCGACUGCGGCUCCUCGGCCUCGGUCGUGGACGACGACUGCACGGACGCGGCCGCCUCGCCGUCCUGCCGGCUCCCGCUCCCGUUCGACCUCAACCUGCCCGCUGGCGCCGGCUGCGGAGCCGGCGUCGGGUGGUACGGCGGCGAGGAGGACGAGCUCAGGCUCACGGCGCUGCGGCUGUGACGUCGAGUUCAAUUUCCCAUAAUAGAAGAAAGGUGUUUUUCUGUUCAGGAUGAUGCCGCAAUUUCUGUCACUGAAAGUAAUUUACCUGCACACUUUGAUUUAUAUUAUACUAAUGAAGAGGCAAUAUCAGCUAUGGAUAGUGGGCUGUUGGAAACUGGAUCCAAAACCAUUUGGCAUUUGCAUUCAUAAUUCUGGAAUAUGACACACCAACCAUUAGCUGAAAACAUAAAGGCAUGCUGAAAGUAGAAGAUUCUACGUGGUGGUGUUGCAGUAGCUUUACUGCCCUAUGGAACAUCAGACACAUUCAUAUAAAGCAUUAACCAAGAUGCUAAGUUGCUUGCAUGAUCAACUACAACUGUCAAAGCGAUGUCAAUAGUAUCAUGCGGGUGGCAUAGCAUAAAAAGUGAAAGGCUUCUGUCAUUUUUACAUGGGAGUAUGACGCUGCAACUAUGAUCCUGUUUCAUCUCUUACCAUAUGGCAAUAAGACCUUUCCAGCUGCUCCUUUAGUACCUCAAUUGAUGACCAAUGUCAAGAAUAAGCACUUUGGAAAUCAUGUCAGUGAGAUAGAUCAAUGCAACAUUGUAUAUUCAUGUACGAAGCUUCUUUUCUUUGAAUUCUUUCUUUCUUAAUGUUUUGCUGUAGCAAGCAACAAGCCAACAAAUACUGUCGGUUUACAGUAAACCUACCUUUUGACAAAGGUGGAUGCUUGAUGGAACGGCUUUGUGAAUUACUGGAGAAGUGCUGCCAAUGAUGUAGUGCAGAUCCAUUGAAUCUGGGAAUGAUUUGAAAGUUGACAACAGGAAAUCGAAGUGCAACAUCAAUUAAGAUACAUCUGGCCAGUUUGUUGUGGGUACCUUGAAUGAUCUAGACUGCACUAUAACUUACAUAGAAAUAUCUUCUAAUUACACUGAGCAACCCUGACAGCCCAUCAGGUGCUUUCUUUCUAACUGCUAAGAAUUAUGCUAAGGCUAUAUAUUCUUAGUUGUCAACACAUGAAUACAACUUGGUGAUGGCUGUAGACUCUGGGAUGAGCGAAGCAUAUUCAAUGAAGUGGAAUAUGAGGAGCAUAUAUGAUAAUAUUACAAUGGCUGUCUGGUUAGAUUGAAGGACAAGGGAGCAGGGUGUUGUUUAAAACUAUGUUUACACUUAGAUUCAGGUUUGUUGGGACAAUCGGCUGUCUAAGAUGCAGCAUCUCUUCAUGGAACUAUUUCUCUUACUCGUUCAUGCCUUCUUAGUCAAGUAGAUGUACUAAAAAUUAACUCUGUUCUUUUGAGGAACUUCAAUAUUAGCUAAUCUGGUGGAGUUGAAGGGUCCUUAUGUGAAAUGAGUAUAGGUGAGACGAUGCACACAAUACCACAUUACCACUUAUGGGGUGAAGAAUUUUUGUAACAUAAUUAUUUAAUGAAAAGGUAAGGCCGCUUGUACAUUUGCUUUAAGAAUUCAUUACUUUGGUAAUGUUUGUACACUUUUCAUGUAAUAUUUCCAAAUAAAUAUGUAAUUCCUUUAUGGUGACUAAUAAUUUUGUUCCUUUUCUUGCUUAGAGUAAUCAUUUCUUACAAUCCAUUAUAUAAUGGUACCUCCCACUUACUUAUGAUGUAUUUGGGGUUUUGCUCCUACAGUUGAUCCAGAUUGUCGUUUCUUGGUGACUUGUGAGUGAAUUGUUGAUCAAGAUGGUCAUGAAACCUGAUUUUGCAUGUGUGGUCUUAGCUGAGUUUUUUAUGUAUUACUCCAAACUUCUCCUGUUUAACUGCAUCAUAAUGAUUUCUGACAAUAGAUUGUUAGCAUUUUAUUUGUUUCAUCUGUGCCUUUUGUUUAGCACCUCAUCAGCUGAUUUUUGUUGAUGGCUCAGGAGUUCUUGUCGCGUAGACGCUCUGACAUCUAGUUUGGUCCUUCCCCUAUUUAAAACCUGUUGGAGCAUUCAUUUGAUUUGCAUAAUUGAUGGCAGUUGGUCCACUAGACCCAACCACUUGAUCACCCACUUGUUUAUCAGGUACUGUGGGGUUAUGUUUGAGCAAAUCAGAACUGGCGGCACCGUCUAUAAUCCUAGCAUAGUUUCCUGUAGCGUAAAUUUCCAGAGCAUCAAUGGUCAUCCUGAUGACCAUUUCAUGUCGUGCCUUCCAUGUUUCUGUCACGGUGAGAUCUGUUUCAAUUUUCCCUUUGUUUUUCAUGUCCAGUGUCUGUAUGCAUCUGUGGAGACAAAUUUAGAAAAUCGAUGGUCAUCGUCCAUGGAUGAUGUUGAUAGCAGACUAAAGCUACCGUGUAUGGUGCCAAACUAGCUGCCAAAGAUGCCAGAAAUUUUGCCCGCUCCACCGCCACCUUUUCCCCAUGAUUAUGUGGACACUUGCUUAUAAUUAAACUCAUCAGUAUCUGCUUCAUUUAACUCCAGCAUCUGCUCCGCCGUUGCUGCCCUUAAUCAUUGAUGAUCUGGUGAUUAGGUUCCCGACUAGACCACUAAACUAUCUUUCUCUGCUCCUUUGUUUCAGCUGCUCCAGAUCCUGCGGCCCGGUGUCUGCCGAUCAACACGCAGGGGCAAGCAAGCGUCUCUCCCCCCAUGUGCCUUGGUCCGCGCCGGUGGCCGCACCCCCCGGUUCUGUGUGCUGUGGAGCUGACAAGGAUGGCGCCGGUUGACGCCUCUCGGCUGGACGCAGCCGGACGUCUGCGGUGGAACAGAGGGUAUGAUUUGGUGGAACAGAUCAUGCUACAUCCUCGUCAAGAAACCGCUGGGUAGCCCGGUCGCUUAACCUCUGGACGGUUUCGCCUGGUGGCCGUGGUGAGAUUGGUGCAUCGGCUGUCAGCUGUGCCGAUGGAACGUGAGCCAGCUGGUAUUAGGCGCCUGUCUGUACACCGCGCUGGAGCUAUUUGCGGGUGCCAGAAACUGAACGGGGUCGUGGUGGUUGCUCACUGUACACUCCAGUGGUACAAUACAAUUGGUACUGGUAGUGUUUGUUCUUGAUUUGAUUGUGUUUGGUGUGUGUUUGGCAUGUGCUCUACUCGAGGCAUGAUACUCGAAGUGAAAAGGAUUCGAGAUUGCUAGCUCA